AUGGCCAUCCUGCAGACGCUGCAUCGGCUGGACACACUGGUGAAGAGACUGGCCGACGCAAACGUCGAUCGUCGAGACAUUCCAUCGACGGAGGAGCCGAUGGUGGCACCGUCCACGCUGGAGGACCUGGACAGUGGCAUGCUGACGCCUCUAUCCAUGACCUCGCAGGAGUGA